AGACUCAUCAGCACAUACGCAGUUGAGCACAACUUGGAUUAGAACCGUCAACCAGAGUCCACUUCGUAGUUUGGGGACACGGAUACCUUGAUCCGCCUUGACUCGGAUAGAAAUCGUGUGCGAAGCAGUCGCAUCGAGCAGUCGCAUCGAGCAGUCGCAUCGCAGUCGCGUCGAGCACUUUCUGGCUGGUCCCAUCGCAUUCUAUUCCAGCACGCCUCCCUCUUCACCCGCGGCACCGUCAUGGCGGCCCCUUCCCCGCCGCCGCCUGUCGCUCAAUCCAAGCCCUCCCGCGCUCGUCGUGGCAGCGGGUCGUGGCACGCCGUCCCCUUCCCCCCUCGUGCCGGCGCUCAAGGCUCAACCGCCUUCCCCUCCGCCCCUCGCACUGACGGCGACGCCUCAACCGCGGCCGCCAUCCCCGCCUUUCCCGCCGCCAACCCCGCGACUUUCCCCGCCGCCGUGCCCGCCGCCGCGUCUCAAGGCGGCGGCGCAAGACCCGCCGUUGGGCGCGGCGGCGCGCUCUCCCCGUUUGUUCCGCGCUCUUCUUCCGAGAGGGCGGAAGCGGGGUCCCCGCAUCCGCCCCUCACAGGCGGCUCUCCGCUUGAGAACGCCGCAGCCAGCGUCCGCGCGUGGUGCGCGCGCCGUUACCGCGGAAUCCUUCCGCAUGCGGGGGAAUCCGCGCCACCGCCUAGAGUAGCAGUCGGCGGAGGCGCAGCAGGAGCUGGGGGGGUCACAGGGGCGGACGGCUCUGCUCCGCCCAGCUGCGGGGAGGCUGGUAGCGGCGGAAGCGGAAACCGCCGCGCGGGGGGAAGGGAGAAGCAGAGCAGGCAUAGGGGUAAUGCGUCUGCAGGCAUAGGGGUUCUCGAUUCGAGUCAACCAGGUCAAAGAUCCCCAUCCCCACCGGGCGCAUCCGCGCUGGGUGCUGGCGCAACUGCGCCGAGUGCUGGCGCACCUGCGCCCUCCCCGCGCGCGUCCGCCUGCCCGUCGGAACGAUCGAGCGCGUGGGGGACGCCGGGCGGAAGCAGCACGAGUGAGUAUAGCGAGGGGACGGACGAUGAGGACGAGAUGUGGGAGGAUAGCGACUGGAUGUCCGCGGACGAAGCGGAGGGCGGCAGCUGCGGAAAGUGGUGGCGCCUGGAGCGGUGGGGGACGAAGACGAAUAGCCGCGAAAGUGCGAACACUGAGAGUAACUACCCCUCCCUAGCUGGGGGAAAAGUCGAGGUGGCGGUAGGGGGAGUAGGUGACAGAAACGAGGGUGCUUUGAUAAAAGCUGCAACUUUCCGAAGUAAGAAACGACAGAAACACGGAUUGUACAGUAGAAAGCGCAGAGGGGGGAGGCGACGGAGAACAGAGGAGGAGGACGACGAGAGGGACCGAGGGUUGCUCUGGAAGCUUCUCAGCAAGUGCAGCGUGGAGAAAUGUUUGGAGCUGACCCAGUUUGGCCGGUUCUUGUGUCUGCUGGCGUGGGCCAUUGUGACUAUAGCGGUGGCGUUUGCGGUGUUCUGGGUGACCUAUCGGAGCUUCCAGGCGGCAAGGCAAGUGGAGUUGGAGCAGGAGUGCGACAAGUGGACGUCGCUGCUGGAGAGCCGCUUCAGACAGGCCAGUGAGCAGGUCCGGCUGCUGGCGGCAGUCGUCUCCACCUUCUUCUUCCAAAAGCCAAACUCCACCCUGGAUCAGCCCACCUUCUUCUCUCUGGUUAAUGAAACGGACUAUGCCCGCCCUCUGCUGUUUGGCAUCUCCUUUGCUCUCCGGGUGACUCAGGCGCAGCGGGCGGCGUUUGAGCAGCAGCAGCAGCAACUAGGGGACAGCUCAUACUGCAUCAGGCAUGGCAGCAUGUGCGUCCCGCACAACCAGACGGAGUACGCACCCAUUCUCUUCACCAGCGCUUCUCGCGACAUGAUUGGCCAGGGCUUGCUGAACCGCCCUCUCCGCCCUGACCAGGCGCUGACCAGCGCUGACUUGGCUGACCUGCCCGCAGACCAGCGGGCGUUUCAGGAAUUCAUAGUGUGGGCCAACCACCCAGCAAUAACGGAGGCGGUGACUCGGGCAAGAGAAAGCGGCGUGAUGGGAGCGCUCACCCCGCCCUUCCACCUCAACCUCUCCCUCUCUAUCUCAACUCGGACCAUCUCCCACGGCCUCUUUAUUGUCUUCCCCGUUUAUCGCACGCUCGACCCGCUGCCCGAAGGCUUGCCUUCUAGCGAGUACCGGGCGGCGUGCCUCGGCUACAUGACAGCUAUUAUGGAUUUUGAUCCGAUGUGGGAGACGAUGCUCGAGGAGUACCAUGGGUCAGCCCUCCCCAUGUUUGCGCGCAUAUACGACGUCACGGGGAGCACUGGGGAGAAGGGGAAGCGAGAGGGGGAUGUGAUGUACGAGCCCAAAGGACAAGAGUUGCCGCCCGGACAGGCGGACUCUUAUGCGCAUGUGAACAUGUUGAAUCUGGGGGACAAAUACAGAGAAUACGAGAUGCGGUGCAGGUACUAUGUAACCUAUGUGUUCCCGGCCUCGAGCCUGGGGUGGGCCAUCCUCGUUAUAGUGGUUAUGAGCCUGGCGGCGUAUGUGUACUGGGCGGCGUGUGAGCACGUGCAGCAGCUGGAGCGUGACUACCACCGGAUGGAGGCGGUGAAGAACAGGAUGAAGGCGGCCAAGCGCGUGGCGGAAAAGGCCAGCAAGGCCAAAGGGACGUUCCUCACCACCAUGAGUCACGAGCUCAGGACGCCGCUCAAUGGGGUUAUAGGCAUGUUGAAUCUGCUGCUGGAGACGCCGCUCACCAUAACGCAGCUGGACUAUGUGGAUACAGCGAGGACGAGCGGGCGGGCGCUGCUGGAGCUGAUCAACGACAUCCUCGACCUCUCCAAGAUCGAGGCACAAAAGAUGCAGCUGGAGCACGUCCCUAUGGACGUGCGCAGCGAGCUCGACACCGUGCUCACCAUGUUUGUCGAGCGCUUCCAAGCCAAGCCACACCUGGAGGUUGCCGCCUAUGUCGACCCGCUCGUGCCCGCUGCUGUGCUCGGGGACUCCCUGCGCUUCCGCCAGGUGCUGAUCAACCUGCUGUCCAACGCAUGCAAGUUCACCGAACGUGGUCACAUCUUCAUCGCCAUCCGCACCGCCCACCUCCAUGAGGACCUCCGCAGAGACCCCACCCGCCCCCACUCCAAGCGGUGGCUCCAGGCGCUAGGGGGGCAAGUGGGGCAAGGGGGGCUAAGGCAGGAAGGGCCGCAGCAAGGGAGGGAAGGGCAGGAAGGGCCGCAGCAUCAGCAACAAGAUCAGCAUGGGGAGGAAGAUCAACAGAAGCAGCAGCCGCAGCAGCAACAGCAACAGCAGGAUGGGCACCACGCACUCACGAUACACUCCUCUGCACCGGACCGCACCACUACCAUAGGACUCAGCGGCCUCACAGCAUCAAACACUAUGCAGCACCCUGGUGGCCUUCGCCAGCUGUCGCUCAACAUAUUUGGGAAGUUUUUCGGGCGGCAAGCUGUGCAAACCGGACAAGAUUCCACACAAGGUCGAGCAACACGGCUCGCGCCCGCGCCCUGUGGGGGGAGUCAUUGGCAGGAAUUGGAGGAAGGAGACGGCAGGUUUGGCGGUUCGUGCCUCACGGUGUCUGCUGCCACGAUGACCACCGUGUCCUUUCGCCCCGAGAGACUGCUCUCCCGCGCCAAAGGCGACACCCCGAGCGACGAGCCUGCUGCUGGUGCUGCUGCUGCUGCUGCUGGUGGUGUUUGGGAGCUGCAAAAGAAUAUUAGUGGUGGUGGUGGGCACUCGGCUGCUGCCUGUUUGGAGGAGCGUGGACUUCUGGAGGACCAAGGCGGGACCCUGGAGGAGGUACUGGUGGAGGAGCAAGGGGUGGUGGACUAUCGACCUCUAGUGGAGCAGCAAGGGAUGAUAGCCCAUUCUAGUGAAACUCGGGCGCAAUUUGAGGGGCGAGAACUGGUGGAAGUUGUGGUGGACCCUCUUGACUCAAAGGCUGUUGCUACCGGUGCUGCUUCUGGUGCUGCUGCUUCUGCUGCUGUUUCCGAUGCUGGUGGUGUUUGUGCUGGUGCUGGUCCUGGUGCUAUCAGUGUUGGGUCAAGCAGCUGGCAGCAGCAGCAGAAACAGCAACAGCAGGAGCGACAGCAGCAACAGCACCAGCAGGAGCGACAACCACAGCAACAGCAACAGCAGCAACGGCAGCAGCAGGAGUGGCAACCCCAGCAACAGCAGCAGCAACAGCAGCAGCAGAAGCAGCAACAGCAGCAGCACAUGUCACUGAGUGGGCUACCAGCAGUGAGCAGCUGCAACAGCUGGCACGUGCUGGCUGCCAGGAGGGUUGAUUGGAUGAGGCAGGGGCGUCAGCAGCUGCUGCUGCGAGGUGGUGAGGGGGAGGAGGGGGGUGAGAGAGGGGAGAGAGGAGGGGAGGGAGGCACGGAAGGGGUGGGGGCAGAUUGCAUCCAGGAUCAGGAGGGAAGUGCAGCAGCCACAGGAGCAGUGGCAGCACGGGAAGCAGGAGCAGCAGCAGGGGCAGCAGACGACAGGCCUCAAACUGUCCGACUGGUGGUAUCUGUUGAGGACACAGGCGAGGGCAUCCCCUACCCCGCCCAGCGCACCAUCCUGAAACCAUUCACCCAAGCCGACGCCAGCACGACGCGCACGCACGGCGGCACGGGCAUUGGGCUCUCCAUCUCGCGCCACCUGGUGGACCUCAUGGGCGGCCGCCUCUCCUUCGCGUCGCGCCCGGGCCUUGGGAGCACGUUCUUCUUCGACCUUCUGCUGCCCUGCGACCACCUUGAGCCCGAGCCCGUCCCGCUCUUGCAACGGGAUUUGGAAUCUGUUUUGGGAAGGCUUUCUAGAAGUGGAAAUGCUGCUGCGUUUGAGAUGGACGAUGGUGGUGCGGCUGCUGCUGCUGCCGCUGCUGCAGGUACUGCUGGUGGUGGCGCCAGUGGGCCACUGAAUGGUUCUACCUUUUCUCCCUUAGACGCGGGCCAUGGGGAUGAGGCGGGGAGUUCAAACGAGCUCAAGCACGCUCUGGCUCGGGCCAGGCUCGGAGCGAUUCUGUUGGAUGACCGACCGGUGAGGCUCGGUGUGUUGGAGAGCCUGCUGAACAGGCUUGGCGUGCCGGUCCUCAACUCUGCGUUUGGCUUGGACUGCUCGGCCCAGCCUGGUGCUUGUUCCGAACCUGAGAUUGAGGCUCGGGAAAAAACGGUGGCAGAAGUGGUGGUGUUUGUGGAUGAGGAAUGGCUUCAGAGGCAGCAGCAGCAGCAGCAGCAGCAGGAGGAGGAGGAGGAAGAAGAGGAGGAGGAGGGGGAAGAGGAGGGGGAGAAAGGGCAGCAGCAGGGAGAAGCGGAGGAGCAGGAAGAUGAGCACGGUCGUUCCACCAUGCGGAGGUGGCAAGCCAAGGCGUGGGAGGUGAUGGUGGCAGCUGGCAUGGUCAGACCAGGGUCGUGGACGGUGACAGGGACAGAGAGACAUCCUGAGUGCUGUCAUGCAACAGCGGCGUUUGGUGGUGCGGCCACAGGCAGCGCUGGCUGUGCUGCUGCAGAGGAUGCUUCUGGCUGUGAGCGGUGUUUGAUGGUUACUCAAGGCACUGCUGGGGAGCAUGGCGGUGCGCUGAUGGACGUACGGUCGCCGCUGCUCUCUGGUGAUGCGCUGGCCCAUGCUGCGCCUCAAAGCGGUGCUGCGGAGCAAUGCGGAGCUGAGGAGCAUGGUCGCACGCUGCAUCCAACGCUCUCCAUGGCUGCCUGGAUGGAGCACUCGCCCUCCCUGCAGUCACUCAGUGCCGCUUCGGUGGCAUCAGGUGCACCUGCCAGCACAGACAUUCGUAUUUCGGGCCCACCUCGCACGGACGCUGCUGCUGCUGCUGCAGAUGCGGCUGCUGCUGCUGCUGCUGCGGCAACUGCUGCUCCUGCAGGAGCUGCAGAUCCACUAGGUAGCAACGACAACACCAAUUGUAACAGAUGCCAAAAUCGCAAUUUAUACAGCAAUAACUCCAGUGAAUACAGUAGCUACAGUGCCGGCUCUCCUUCCUGGGUUGCUGCUGUGCUCGUCUCGGCACGCUAUGACGCAGCCUCUGCUGAGGCUGCCAGCGAGGCUGGGUUCCAAGCCUGUCUUUCCAAGCCUGUGCGCGUGGGCGCCCUUGCCAGCUGCCUGGGGGAGAUUCUGGGGGCCGGAAGGGGGCAGGGGGAGGGAGAAGGGGAGGGGGGAGGGGAGGGGGAAAGCGAGCGGAGAGGGGAAACCAGGGAGGUAGGUGAGGAGGGUUGGGUGUGGGGAGAAGGAGAAGUGAAGGAAAAUGGUCGCUGGGAUGGGCUGAGUGAGGAAGAGAGUGCGAGUGAGUGGGAGGAGGAGUCAGGGUCAGAGUGUGAGGGGGGUUCAGUGGUGGGGGUUCUGGAGAAUGGGGGUGGGGGGCAAGAGAUGCAGGGACUGCUUGGAGCGGGGGUAGGCAGGGGAGGAGGCAGAGGUGGAGGGGGAGAGGGGGGCGGUUGGGGAGGCAUGGGGGGAGGGGGGGGCAAUGGGCGGAACAGAGGGAUGGAAGGUGCAAGUGGAGAGGGGGUGCAGUUGAGGGAAAGGAGAGGUCUGGCAGUCAUGGGGCCUCUGCUUGACUAUGCCCCUUGCUUGCCUGCCCCGCUGCUUGACUCUGCUGCUUGUUUGCCUGCCAAAAGACAUAUGGACGGCAAUAGUGCUGCUGGUGCAGCUGCUGCUGGCCCAACUCCGGCCCCUGUCUCUCCUUGCCUCCUUGCAACCCCUACAGUGUCACCCUCUCUAGUGUCACCCUCCGCGUUACCGUCACCUUCCCUUGUAUCCCCUGCGUCGUCCUCUACCCCGAGGCUGCUCUCUCCAGCAGCAGCAACAGAACCAUCACCAUCAGCAGCACCAGCAGCAGCAUCACCAGCAUCACCAGCAGCAGCAGCAGCAGCUUCAGCAGCGCCAGCAGCAGGGGCAGGGGCAGGGGCAGGGGCAGGGAGGGUAGAGACAGAGACACAGACAGAGCCACGUACCCUCGGUCCCUCUCAUCAUUUUCUCGCUCCACUUUUGCCACAUCCCUCACAGUAUCCACCGCCCGGCCAGCACAUGCGGGCGGCAAGUUGGGGCGGCUUCCAGGAUGUGCCGGGCGGCAGUCUGGGGCAGGAAAGCCCGCAUUUUGGGGAGAGUCCUGCUCCCGUAGGAGAAGGCCCCGUGCCCGUGGGGGGAAAGUUAGGGGAAGGGAAGUGCAGCAGCAAGCAGGGGGGGGUUACGGACGGGAGUGGCAGAGGUAGAGGUGGCAGUGUGCGUGGUAAUAGAGGAAGUUUGAGCCUACGGAGGCAGGGAAGGGAACGCAGAGUGAGCAUCGAUGGUGGCAGGCGUGCAAUGGUAGGAGAUGGGGGGAUGAAAGGGAGUGCGCAUGGGAUUGGCAUUAGGGAGAUGGGGCAGGCUGGCACACGGAACCCAUGGAGUCAACACGGUCAACCGGGACAGCAGGGUCGAUCCCAUGUGAGUCCCCGCACUGUUGCAGCAGCAGCAGCAGCAGCAGCAGCGAGCAGCCCGUCCGCAGUGGCGGUGCGCAGGGCGAACAGCAGCAGCUCGCAGCAGCUGAGCGGGGCUUUAAGUGGGCGGGCGGUGCUGGUGGUGGACGACAACAUGGUGAACCGCAAGGUGAUCUGCCGCAUGCUGCAGCGCUACGGCGUGGCGGUGGAGGAGGUGGAUGGUGGCGCCAAGGCUGUGCGGAGGGUGAGGGACAUGAUGGAGGGGGCGGCGCCACCGCUUGACUGCGUCUUCAUGGACAUUCAGAUGCCGGGGAUGGACGGCUACGAGGCAGUCUCUCGCAUUCGAAGCAUGGACCAGGAAGUGCCAUCAAGCACAGCAGGAACCUCACCCUCAUCAGCCGCAGUGGCCGGCCCAUCACCCUCGGCAGCGAAGUUCUCAAAAAGCCUAUCAGGCUCAGCACCGAGUACUCCAUCAGGCACGCCGACAGGGACGCCGGUAGGAUCCCCAGUAGCAAGGAUGGGGGGUGCAGGCAAGGGGCGGUUACUGGUGAUCGCUCUGACGGCGGAUGUGGGAGCGGGCACGAGGGAGAGGUGUGUGAAGGCGGGGAUGGACGCGUACAUGACUAAACCCAUUGAGGAGCACCAGCUGUCCCGCGUGGUGCUGCCGUUCUUUGCUGCGCAGGCUGGUGAUUGAUGCAUGGGCAAUUAAUGUAAUGCCUGCAUUUUUAAUGCAGGUUGUGUGGCAGAUGGGCUGGCUGUUAAAUUAUAUACUUGCUAUAUAAUUGGUAGGCUUGGUAGGUGUUACUAAAACCUACUGUAGAGGGCAACCCCCCUCCUUGUAUCCCUCUCUCUUCUAUUCUCUCUCUUUUCUCUCAUCAACUCUCUCCUAGCUAAACCCUCGUGC